CACCAACCUCAGUCAACCCAUGUUUACCCUCAACCAGAACCCUUCCUACGUACAAACCUAAGCCUAACCAAUAUUCGAAGCUCCAGCGAAGGCGAGGGGGAUGUACCGGUGGAUUUGAGCUUGGAAGAUACCCACCAGGUAGUCCUACACUUCGCAUUCCCAAUUCCCAGCACCAGACUCGACUCGACCUCCCAAGUUGACCGUACAAGUCCAUAUUAACUAACAUUGAUUCGAGCCGCCAAAUAUCUCGAUUAUGAACUCUGCCGGCACCUCCCGCCUGGAAGUCGGCUCAGGAAACACGGAGCUUGACCCUCGGGUCGUUGCAGACCUGCCACCAGGCUGUCGGGUCACUUCCACCAAGAGCCAUGGCGUCAGCUAUUGGGCCCAUGCUAGGCGGAUCAAUGUGGUACUCCUAGACGGAGAUGACCAGGCUUUCUUCAUCAAAGUUCUCUCCGGAGAUACAGGACGAAACAUGGUUCACAGUGAAUUCGAGUCCAUGAAGACGAUAUACGCCCUGGCCCCGGAUUUCGCCCCAAAGCCCCUAGCCUGGGGAACAUACGAGAACCGGCCCGACACCCAUUACUUCCUGUGCGAAUUCCGCGAUUUCCCAGACGACGUCAUGCCCGAGCCGACGAGGUUUGCGUCUCGCUUGGCAUGUCUGCACCAGUCGAGCCAGUCGCCGACGGGCAAGUUUGGGUUUCAUCUGCAGACAUACUCUGGCAAUCUGCCCCAGAUGACUGGCUGGGAGGCAAGCUGGGAGACUUUCUUCGCCAAUAACCUGAGGUUUGCUCUUGACUUUGAGAUCAAGGCCAAGGGCUACGACCCAGAGUUUGAUACUCUGGUGCCGGCAAUUUUUGACAAGGUCAUCCCCCGACUACUUCGCCCUCUAGAGAGCGAGGGCCGGUCGGUCAAACCUUCCCUGGUCCAUGGUGACCUGUGGUACGCAAACUCAGGAGUCGAUGCCGACACGGGCGAGCCGAUCAUCUUCGACGCCUGUUGCUUCUAUGCACACAAUGAGUACGAGUUUGGCCAGUGGAUGCCUUCCUGCAACCGAUUCGGAGCUGAGUAUCUUGCCGCGUACUACGACAUUGUGACUGUUUCGCCACCAGAGGAGGACUUCCAGGGCAGAUUGGACUUGUAUAAACUUCGUUUCAACACCCACGUCUCCGCCUUGUUCAAGGACAAUGAUGCCCUUCGUGAGCAGAUGUUGGGAGACAUGCGGGAUCUAGUGGCGAGGUACGCCAGCAGCGAGGGAACUUAGGUAGAAACCCGGGUGGGGGUGUAGAUGCGUGGACCGUCUCGUCUAAAUGCCCGAUCAACACUGCCGAUGAUUCGAAAUGCUACGGCAUCCUGCCCACAAUUCAUCAUUCCGAUACCAA